AUGUCAAAAUAUGUUGAUUGUGUUAAAAAUGAUGAAGAUCUACCAAUUUCUUAUUCAGUUAAUGUUGAAGCAAUAUCAACAUCAAAACGACCAUUGACAUGUUAUAUUACCACCGAUGCACCUCGAAUAUUAAAAGAGCAAACAACAAAUCAAUUAAAUCAUACAAAGCGAUCAGUGAAUUUAGAAACAAUAAAUGACCGUCGUAUUAAACCAUUAGAGACUACUCGUCAAUCAUCAAUUCAUCUACCUGUCACUUACUCGACUAGUAUUCAUAUCCCAUGUCAUCCUCCAACAAUUAAAUCACGUCCUUCUACAAUUUUACCAUUACAAUCUACUCAUCAUUAUCAUCACUAUUAUCAUUAUUAUCAUCACCGUCAACAACCACCAAUAGUGUCAUCUCGACCAUCAACAAUAAUUAAACAUAAAAAUUCACCGCAAUAUGUCUCAACUAGUUCUACUCGACCGUCUACACCAACAACAACGACAGAUACUUCAUCAGAAUCUUUAUCACCAAUACUAAAAAGAUCUAAUAAAAAUAUUAAUUUAACAUCACCAAUUUCUACGUUUAAUCGUGUCGACAAACAACUUUCUUAUCCCUCUCCUCCAUGUUAUUCAACUCUUAUAUGGAAAUGGUUUCAUCAUACACCCACUAAAUCUCAAUCUCAUUCAAAAGGAUGUCAAUCUGAUUAUUCUGAAGUUUAUCGACAUGAAUUACCUAAUAAACGUAAUCUUCUUUUCAAAUUCUUCCCUUCAUCUACUGAAAAACAAUCAAAAUCUAAACGUCAACAUACUUGUUUUACUCGUAAAUAUCUUCGAUCAUCAUCUUCAUCAUCAUCAUUACCAAACAAAUAUACUAAUUACAAUGAAUAA